UAACACAGAAGAGUUCCAAUGAGAAUAAAGUGAAAGUGAAAGUAUGGUGAAGUCCUUGGCUGGGCUGAGAAGGAUUGUGUGCGGUGUGUCAGGAGGAGUUGACAGCGCCGUGUCGGCUUAUAUACUCAAACAGAAAGGUUAUGAAGUAAUUGGAGUUUUUAUGAAGAAUUGGGAUGAGAAAGAUGAGGUUGGCCAGUGUAUGUCGGACCGUGACAUGGAGGAUGCUAAAUUUGUUUGUCAACACAUUGGAAUUCCAUUUCAGGACGUGAAUUUUGUCAAAGAUUACUGGAAUGAAGUCUUCAGUCCAUUCUUAAAGGAGUAUCAGAAUGGCAACGUUCCAAAUCCAGACAUUGUAUGCAACAGACACAUCAAGUUUAAUGUGUUUCAAAAAUACGCCAUGAUGCAGUUUUCAGCUGAUGCCAUGGCAACUGGACACUACGCUCGAACUUCUGUUGGGGAGAACCUAUUAUUGGGUGAUUCUAGUCAGGGUGUAAGGUUAUUGAGAGCCAAAGACAUUUGGAAAGACCAGACAUUUUUCUUGUCGCAGAUAUCCCAGCAGGCUUUGCGUAAAGUGUUGUUCCCUUUGGGAGAGCUUAAGAAAUCUGAGGUCAAACAGAUUGCCUCGGAGAUAGGACUCCAAAGAAUAGCCAAGAAAAAAGAGAGCAUGGGAAUCUGCUUCGUUGGUAAACGUGACUUCCCAUCAUUCAUUGGACAGUAUCUAGAGCCAAAACCAGGCAACAUAAUCCAUGUAGAGACAGGAGAGGUGGUGGGCACCCAUCAAGGCAUUCAUCAUUACACCCUGGGACAAAAGCUUAUCCAUGUAAAUCAUGGUCGAUUUGGAAAAUGUUAUAUAGUGGAUAAAAAUAACAUUACUCAGGACAUUAUAAUAGCCCCAGGAACAAACCAUCCAUCAUUAUUUAAUCAGGAAUUUUUUGCAAAAGUUCCGUCAUGGAUUUGCGAGGAGCCGCCUGGAUUCAGUGACGGGAGAGUGUGUCGUCUACAGUGUAGGAUACAAAGGAUAGAAGCAUCGAUUCCCUGCACUGUUUCUAGGUGUGGUGAGGACCAAGUGAUAGUGACACUGGAGGAACCCCUCCGAGCCAUCACCCCCGGGCAGUAUGGGGUGUUCUAUGAUGGAGAGGAGUGUCUGGGGAGUGGGGUCAUCACUAGAAGGGGCCCCUCCCUGUAUGAAUUACAGCAGGAGAAGAGGACAGCACAACAAUGAGGGGCCCCUCUCCUUAUGUAGUCCAUCAGAACAAGAGGACAAUACAACAGUGAGGGGCCCCUCUCCUUAUGUAGUCCAUCAGGACAAGAGGACAAUACAACAGUGAGGGGCCCCUCUCCUUAUGUAGUCCAUCAGGACAAGAGGACAAUACAACAGUGAGGGGCCCCUCUCCUUAUGGAGUCCAUCAGGACAUGAGGACAAUACAACAGUGAGGACUGUACUGACCAGCUCCGUACAUAAAAUUUGUGAAAGUCUGAUUUAUAUGUUUUCUGCUGUUAUAUUAAAACAAUAUUCCAGUACAAUUACAUUUUGGAUCCUGACUGAGGAAUUACGGGUAAUAGGUGUGUAUCUUAAUACACAGAUUGAGAUGUACAUGAAUAUACUCACUGGUACUUUAGAGAAUGGGCACAAUGUUGUCAGGCGUUGGUAGUGGGGAAGACCUAGCUGUGAAAACUGUUGAAUAUUGAGAGAGUAUACUGGUUUAUAUAUUUUUAAAUAUCAAUAAAAUAUUAAAUAGUGGGUAACAUGUAUACAUUUGGGUUUCAAAUAACGGUAUCAAAGCUUGGUACUGUCUGAUAUUAGAAUAUUAAAAUUUUUAAAAGUAUUCCUCUGAUACAUAAGGAGAUUUCUUAAUUAAGGGUUUUAGUAAAAUCUAAUGCAAGGAACAUAACUCUGAUAAACUUGUUCAAAAAGACUUUUUUCCCUGCACUCGUGUAACCUUUUCUUUAACUGAAUUUCUUAAGCUAAUUUAGUUAUUGUUUAUAUUAAAUCUAUGCCAAGAAU